AUCGCAGUUUAAAGGUUACGCGCAUGCGCUGAUUUGUGAACGCAAAACGAGUGAGCGGCUAUUUGCUAACUAGCUGAAUCAUCUGGUUGAGGUUGCUCUGUUUCCUUUAUUCGUUUGAUUGGGAUUGUCUUGCAGUGCAAUGGCGGCAAGAUAUGAUAGAGCUAUCACUGUCUUUUCUCCCGACGGCCACCUGUUUCAAGUGGAGUAUGCACAAGAAGCUGUAAAGAAAGGCUCUACAGCGGUGGGAAUCAGGGGUAAAGACAUUGUUGUCCUCGGUGUGGAGAAGAAAUCUGUGGCAAAGUUGCAGGAGGAAAGGACUGUUCGUAAGAUAUGUGCCCUGGAUGAACACGUCUGCAUGGCAUUUGCAGGUCUGACGGCAGAUGCCCGUAUCGUGAUAAACAGAGCUCGGGUUGAGUGCCAGAGCCACAGGCUAACGGUUGAGGACCCAGUCACAGUGGAAUACAUCACACGAUACAUAGCAACACUGAAACAACGCUAUACGCAAAGCAAUGGCCGCAGACCAUUUGGAAUCUCUGCGUUAAUCGUUGGCUUUGACUAUGAUGGAACUCCCAGGUUGUAUCAGACAGAUCCAUCAGGAACAUACCAUGCGUGGAAGGCAAAUGCAAUCGGCCGUAGUGCAAAAACUGUUAGGGAAUUCUUGGAGAAGAAUUACACAGAUGAGGCCAUUGCUGGGGACAACGAGGCCAUCAAGUUGGCUAUCAAAGCUUUGCUUGAGGUGGUUCAGUCGGGAGGAAAAAACAUUGAACUUGCCGUCAUCAGACGAAAUCAGCCACUUAAGAUUUUGGAAUCCAAGGAGAUUGAGACUCUGGUGGCCGAGAUCGAGAAGGAAAAGGAAGAAGAAGCUGAGAAGAAGAAGCAGAAAAAAUCCACUUGAAUCUUUUGACAUAAUCUUUAUUGCACUUCUUGGAUGGCAAUAGAAUGUUUGGAUUAUCAAUACCAGUUACAGAGAAUAACAAGUGCAUGUCAUUGUAAAGAUCUGAGUCCUGACUUCUGAUGAGUGUUUUCACGCAUUGCUCAACUAGCUAAAAAGGUUUAGACACACCUGAUUUAAAAUCAGUGGUUCAGACCAUUUUUUUCCUUUCUUUUGAUGCUGUUCCUGUGAAGUUGCGCUGCGCCAAAGUCAGGAUUCAGAUCUUUUCGCCACGCUCACAGGAUGUUUUCAUUAUUCAACAAAAAGCUCAGAUGUUGCCGAAUCUCAAACAUCAGAAUGAAUUUGUUUGAACUUUCAGAAACAAACUGUAACGAAAUAUUCAAUAAAAGUGGAUUUUUUUAAACAUGUUCUACAAAA